UGUACAUAAUGUAUAUAUUGUAUAUAGAUAGAUAAGUAGUUGUAAGGUUUCCCGGAUGGUUGAAUUGUAUGAGAAGAAGAAGAAGAAUAAAGUGUGCACUUGAACGGGAUGCCUCGUGGUGUUACUGCUGCAGCGACGUGAAUGGGAUACUAAUCUAGAUAUAAUUCCAGGUGAGUGAGCAGUAUACUACAAUUAUGGCGACGUGAAUGGGAUACUAAUCUAGAUAUAAUUCCAGGUGAGUGAGCAGUAUACUACAAUUAUGGCGACGAAAGGACCCAAAGACGAAAGUGAGGUUAAGUCUUCCCAGACAACAAAAUUUGUUGAAUCAUGCCCAAAUUUGGGGCCAUACGACCCAAAAGGAGCUUUUGCAAGUUACAAGGAGAGGCUUGAGCUAUGGUUCGAGGGUCAAGGAAUUGAAGACGAGAAAAUUAAACGGGGCCAAUUGAUGUCGGUGGUGGGAGCAGCAGCUUAUGAAACCGUCAAGGGAUUGGUGACCCCAAAAAAGGUGUCUGAAUGUUCGUAUAAAGACCUCAUCCAAGCCAUGGAAGCCCACUAUGAUCCUGUUCCCAAUGAAAUUGUACAAAGGUACAAUUUUUACAGAAGAUCUCAGAAAGAAGGAGAGACUAUAGCUGAGUUCAUCGCAGAGCUAAGAAAGCUAUCAGAAUUCUGUAAUUUUGGGGACUUGGAAAAGGCCAUCAGAGAUCGUUUGGUGUGUGGAAUUAAAGACGAUUCAACUCGCAAGAAGUUGCUGGCAGUGAAGGACCUAACCUACAAAAAAGCGUGUGACAUAGCAAGAGCAGAAGAGGCGGCUGCAAAGGGCGCGGAAACGAUCCAACCAGAAGAAGGGAAAGUUCAAGCCAUCUCUAAGAAAGGAUUUGCUAUAGAAGAGGGACCCGGGGAGAUGUGUUUCCGAUGUAAGAAACCACAUAAUGCCAGUGACUGUUGGUUUAGGGAGGCCAUCUGCCGACAGUGUGGAGAAAAAGGACACAUCCGGCGAGCAUGCACCAAGGAAAAAUCUAAGAAAAAGAAAGCAGGAAAGAAAGUAAAUGUUGUAAAACUUUCAGAUGACACUUCAGAUGAAGACGAAACUGUAAAUCAGAUAAAUACAAUUGCUGAACAGUGGAAUGGUGUUUGGGUGUCAGUGAAGAUUGAAGGAGUUCCUCUAGAGAUGGAAGUUGACUCAGGGGCAUCCAAUACAGUGAUAAGUGAGAAGGAUUGGAGGAACCUGAAGAUUAGCAAAGAUUAUCGGGAGUGCAAUGUGAAGCUACAAACUUGGCUUAAAAAAGGGGUCACUGUAAAAGGGAAAUUAAAAGUGAAAGUUGAGUUGGCUGACAGGAAGGUAAAAUUACCGUUGAUUAUCACCAAAGAAGGAGGUAAACCGUUGCUGGGAAGGAAUUGGUUCCAAGCAUUGGGAAUCAAAGUGCUUGUUCCUGAAGUCAAAGCAAUUGAGAUGGACCAGAUGGACAGAUUGUCACCGUUGAUAGAAAAACACAAGGGGGUAUUCAGAGAAGAAUUGGGUGCUCAUCCCGAGAUUGAGGUGAACUUAGAGUUGAAGGAAGACGCCAAACCUGUAUUUAUGAAACAUCAUGCUCCACCCAUGGCUUUGAGAGAAAGGAUUGACCAGGAAUUAGACAAAUUGAUAGAGCAAGGGGUGAUUGAAGCAGUGGAGAAUUCAGAGUGGGCGACACCAACGACAUACAGGGUGAAGCCAAAUGGUGAUAUCCGCAUUUGUGGAAAUUAUCGAGGAACGGUGAACCUGAUGAGCAAGAAGAAUCCGUAUCCUCUACCUACAGUGUCAGAACUUCUCGCUGGAGCUGGAGGAAGGUACUAUUCUAAAAUCGACUUUGCUCAAGCAUAUCAACAAUUGAAAGUAAACGAAGAAACUAGCCGAGUUUUGACUUGGAAUACUCAUCGGGGUCUGUAUCGAGUGAAGAGGCUACCUUUCGGGAUUUCCGCAGCACCAGGUAUUUUUCAAAAAUUUAUGGAAACCCUUUUGGCAGGUAUACCAGGGGUGUUAGUAUUUUUAGAUGAUAUCUUGGUAAUAGGGAAUAGUGCUGAAGAACAUUAUAACAGGCUUGAGUUGGUCCUUAGGAAAUUAGAUGAGGCUAAAUUAACUGUGAAGAAAGAGAAAUGUAAGUUUGGGGUAGAAGAAAUUGAGUUUGUGGGCUAUAGAAUUAGUAGUAAAGGGAUAAAACCUUUGGAAAGUCACAUUAAGGCUAUACAAGACGCCCCUCCCCCAAAAGACAAGGAACAGUUGCAGGCAUUUCUGGGAUUAGUUAAUUUUUAUUGUCGAUUCAUUGAAGAUAGGGCCACAGUAGCUGAAUGUUUGCAUAGGUUGCUAGAUGAAACUACAAAUGCUGAGUGGAAGUGGGAAAAAAUUCAUGAUAAAGCAUUUAGGGAACUGAAGGAAGCUCUCACGUCCACAGACAUUUUGAUGCAUUACAGUUUGAAAGUACCUUUGGUUUUGAGUUGUGAUAGCUCUUCGUACGGGGUGGGGGCUGUUCUGGCUCAUAAAACUGAAAGAGGAGAGAAACCAAUUUCGUACUUUUCAAGGACACUCAACAAGCAUCAAAGGAAUUACGCUCAAAUUGACAAAGAGGCUCUGUCGAUAAUUGAAGCAGUGAAACAUUUCCAUAAUUACAUUUAUGGAAGGAAAGUGACCAUCAUAACAGAUCACAAGCCGUUGUUGGGAAUUUUUAACCCGAAUAAACCAGUUCCUCAAAUUAUUUCCCAAAGGAUGGAAAGAUGGUGCCUUCUGUUAGCUACUUAUGACUAUGAAAUAGUCUAUCGAAAGGGGAAGGAACAUGGCAAUGCAGACGGGUUAAGCAGACUACCUUUGAAAGAGGAAGUGAUCGAAGAGAGUGAAAUUGGAGUGAUUUCUAUGUUGGAAACGGAUCAAUCUCCAAUCCAGGCAAGAGAAGUUCAAGAAGCCACGAAAAAAGAUCCAUUGUUGAAGAAAGUCAAAAGAUGGGUGUUGCAAGGGUGGCCAGAAAACUGCCCAGGCGAGGAUGUGAAACCAUAUUUUCUCCACAGGAGUGAAAUAACAGUGGAAAAGGAUAUACUUCUGAGAGGAACACAAGUGAUAAUCCCAAAGGAACUUCAAGAAAAGUUGAUGGACUCUCUACACAGUACACAUCUGGGUAUAGUCAACAUGAAAGUCUUGGCUAGAAUGUAUAUGUGGUGGCCAAAAAUGGAUCAACAACUUGAAAGAAAAGUGAGGGAAUGUGAAACGUGCCAAACUCAGAGAAACAAUCCACCGAAAGCUCCAUUGUGUGAAGGAAAUGCACCACAGAAAGCCUGGGAAAGACUGCACGUAGACUUUGCCGGACCUCAUCAGGGCAACAACUAUUUGAUUGUCGUAGAUGUGACGUCUAAAUGGUUGGAAGUUGAACGAGUAAGGAGCCAAUCGUCAGAGGAAGUGAUAAGAGCGAUGAGAAGGAUCUUUUCGACUCAUGGAAUCCCAGGAGAAAUUUUCUCGGACAACGGAACUUGUUUCGUGUCAAGGGAAAUCAGGAAAUUUUAUGAGUCAAAUGGCAUCAAAAGUAUCACAUCUUCUCCAUGGCAUCCUGCCAGCAAUGGUCAGGCAGAAAGAAUGGUUCAAACAACCAAAAAGGCUUUGGCAAAAUUUACCGGUGACGUCGACUUGAAGUUAGCCAGAUUCCUUAUGGUUCAACACCUUACUCCAAACCAGACUACUGGGAAGGCACCCUGUGAACUUUUGAUGGGAAGGAGGAUAAGGAACUGCUGGAGUCGGCUACACCCAGAGGAGAUUAAGACAGAAAGGAAUAAAGAACACAAAGAACCGAGGAAAUUCAAGGAGUGGGACAAGGUCUACGCUAGAAAUUUUUCAGGGGACAAGUGGAUAAAAGCUGUGGUUCUGGAAGUAACAGGACCAGUGUCCUACAAGGUACAGCUCGAAGAUGGAACUGUCUGGAGGAGACACAUAAAUCAGUUGAUAGAGCGAGUGGAAGCUUCUCCAACAGCGACGGCUGACAGACCGGAAGAAGGAACAGUUGCCUCAGGCUCAGGGUCAAGAGUGAUACAAAUUGAAGAGACCAUACAGAACCCAGAAGUUACCACCCCUGAAGAGCCUGGUGAAGUCUCACAGCCAGAGACUCCUUUAAGCGAGUUGAGAAGGUCAGGACGUGAGCGCCAUCCUCCCAGUUAUUUACAGGAUUAUGUCUGUGACUAAAAAGGGGAGGGAUGUUAUGUACAUAAUGUAUAUAUUGUAUAUAGAUAGAUAAGUAGUUGUAAGGUUUCCCGGAUGGUUGAAUUGUAUGAGAAGAAGAAGAAGAAUAAAGUGUGCACUUGAACGGGA